AUGUCGUUUCUUGGUGGCAUAUUUGCUUUUGCUACUUCGGUAAGAAAAGGGGGAAAAAUCGGUGAGAGAGUGUGUCUCCCAUUGUGCAACGUUCUCAUACUUGCCAAAGUGCUCAUUUUCCGAUUUUGUCUCCCAACGUUGUUUUCCUUUCUCUUUUUUUUAGAGCGACGGAGCCCGUUCAUGACUCAACCGGUGGAUGACAGUUGGUAUGAUGCUGAACUCCUUGAUGCGCUGCUGGGGAAAGAGGACGUUGACCCUUCACAUGUACCGCUCUCGUCGCUGGCGGCCGCAGCACCCGCGACAACACCGAAGGGGUCUUGUAGGGCUUUAGAGAUUACUGAUUUGGGUCAUCCGCGCCUCUUUAUGAUUGGCGGUUCCCUCUUUUCACGAUACUGCAGGCCUUCUCCAGCCCUGCAGUAUCAUCGAGCUCGUUUUCACUGGUCUCGCCUCUCGUGGCUGGAUUACAGUGCCAUUUACUGUCCUUUCACAAAGCAGUUUCUCUCUCCGCGUUCCCCGCAUUGGAGUCACCUCGUCUCAGCUGGUUUUGGCACCCCUCGCCGUUUGCUUUUUGGUCGAAGCAUCGUUCUGGUGGAGCCCCAGAAGCUGCAAGCACUAGCAGCUCACAUUCAACAAUCGAAAGAGGGGAAUGCUGUUUCCGGGAAGAACCCAACUGCAAUGUGGAGUCCUCCACUGCAGCAGACAUUAGGCCUUCUUCUCGAGACGCUGCCCUACCAUGACGAGACUUCUUUAGCGCGGCGAGUGCAAGAGGUGUUAAGUGCGGGGGAUACCGGAGCUGGCACCGGUCGCCGCAUACCGCUGGGUCUUUAUAACCAUGUGCCCGAUGUGAAACGCGUCAUGCCGCCGCCGCGGAGUUCUCAGGAGGGGGAGGAGGAGGAGCUCGCACAAAAUGACGUUGAUGCCGUUGAAGUUGUGGCCCUGGGGGAAAGUUACUUGCGACGGGUUCUUCCCUGGCGCACUGCAGUGCUGCAGCACCGUCCCAAAAUGAAGUUAAAUAUGAAGGUGGGACACAAGGAAAUGGUGGGUUUGUCAUCUGAAGGUGCCGACCUGCAUCCUGCACACAGCAAAGCCGAUGUACUGGUAGAACGUUAUUCCUUACUGUGUUCCACCCCCUGUUGUGUUCCGAAGACCCAAAUGGCUUAUUUGUCUCUCCGUUACGUGCCCGAUGUUCCGGUGAUGCAAGUUGUUGUGGACGCGCUGCUUCGCACUGAGGAAACAGAGUAUGUGUUUUACUGCCCAAUUGAACACGGUGUCGACUGUCACACAGUGGUGGAUAUUGUAGCAUACCGGGUACGGCGCACGGGGGACGGAGAUGUGCGGGCCGCUGAACGCUUCCCAGUGCUUCAUUUGGGGCUGCAUGCAAACCCUACCGACUCUUCCGUUGCGCCUGUCAUUGUCGUCAUCGGAAAUGCCCAUCUACUUUCACAGCGUGCUAUUUCCCGCCUUCUGGAUCAGUGGACACGUAAUGGUGCCGCCGCCGUCGCGGUUAGACGAAGGAAUGGUGGUAGCGGUGACAACGGGAACAGUGAUGUCGGCAUCGAUGCGGAUGAGGCCGUUGGGCGGAGUUGGCGGGGACGGGAGUUACUGCUGCGAAUAGGGGAUCCACUGCGCGCUAUCGCUUGUGGCGUGCCCCUCUUUGGGAAUGUCCGUGCAGUGUUUGUCUCCUACUCUGCAUUUGAUUGUGCUCCUAGUGAUUGCUCAGCUCACUCCCCGGGACUAAAUAACAGCGUGUCAUGCGUUCGUAGUGCCAACGCCACCGUUCACGUUCUUAAACCUUUGCGUGAAGGUGUUUUCACUCUCGAAGAGCCGGUUGUUGCAGCGCUGAGACGAGUAGCCCCGACGUUCCAGAGGCGAAUGGACGUGUCGGAUAGACGUUUGUUUAUUAAGGAAGUGUGUGAUGUCAUUUCAAGCACACACGUUUCCACACUCUCCAACAGGGGUGCGGACAGACAUGGGUGGACAACGUCACCCGAUGACAGUUAUCGCGAGGAAGAUGUCUUAUUACACUUGUAUGAGGCUGUGGAAGCGUUUCUAGAAUGCCCAGUGAAGAGCGGGGAUGUCAGCCUCCUAUCGUGUGCCCAUUUGAUGACAAAGUACCCUGAACUCGCGACGGCGCGCAUCCGGCAUGAGCUUAUUCGCGAGUUCCCCCUCUACGUGGAAAUGAAUAAAAGUGAACUAACGGUUUGCUCAGCUGUUUCGGCUCCGGCACCAGACAGUGUCGUUGAGUGCGCGGCUGGUGGGUCCGGGUCUUGUGAGUGUGCUGCUGGAUUUAAUAUUCCCCUGGUGAGCAGUCGCCGUCUCGCACGCAAGAAAGCUGAGGAAGAACACGACUCACUCAAGAAAACGUACGUUCUAAAUGCGACACUGGAUCGUGUCGUCACCUCUGACGCCAGUGGUUGUGGCUCUUCAUUCACAUCCGUUAUCAUGCGGGGCUCUGAGCAUCAACGGUACGAAUGCCCGAUUGAGCACAGUUACCAACCCUUCUUUGAGCCCCCUCUGUUGCUGGGUCGUUGGAGUCAAACACUUCUUUUCUGCGCUCCUGUGGUUGCCGAUACGGUAGCGCUGCGGUGCGUGCUGCUGCAUGCCGCGGAGGCUUCGGUUCGUGACGAUGACACUAUCAAUGUGGUUGACGUGGAUAUAUUUUGUGUGGAUUACGUGAAAUAUCCCCCUGAACGCCGCUGUCGCUUGUUUGGAGUGAGAUUGCGCUUCGCUACACGUGAUGGGUUCACAAAAGGUACCGUUAAGGAUUGCUCAGCACGUGAGUGGGCGACGGAAAUGUUGGAACAUGCGCUCGCUAAGUGCGCCGUCAGUGCAGAGUUAUUUCCGCUGUGGACCAGUUCUGAACUAAGGAAGCAGAGAACCUGUCGUCAUGUUACACAAGGUAGUGGAGUGGCCGGCACCUUCGUACCACACUUUCGUUUUGAGGCGUUGGAUGAGUGUGUGAGAGCAGCACAACCUAACGUAGUGGAACAGCGACUAUUUGCGCUUGGAUUUGUUCAAUGUGGCCCACUAUGCCUCACUGUCGGCUCCCACGUAAUUGCGUUACGCGACAUAUCCUCCAAUAUAAAACGAGGGACACUGUGCCGCGUUGUUCGCUUCGCUCCGAUGAUGGUCGCACACGAGUUCGGGGCGCCAGUGGAUCGAAUGGUCCAAUGCUUUUUUGAGCAGCAGAGAUGUAAAGGUGGCGGUAUGGGGGCAUUACCCGUAGUGCGGCCAGUGUUACAACCAAAUAAUUUGCAGGUCACCCCAUUCGGGGAAGCGGAUGAAAGUGAGAGGGAAACAAGAGAUGAAGAGGCGUUAGUUAUUCCCGCCGUAAGUUUGGUCGGUGGAUACCGGUCGUUACACUAUUAUGCACUGCCGGCACUGCAGCUGCCGCUUCUCGUGCCGUCUCAAGCCGCAGCCGCCUCCACUCUUUUUCAUCCACUCUUUGCACACCAAGACAGUUUACUGGAGUUCGCUUCAGCGGAGACUCGCUCAAAGGCUGCGACGAUGAUAAUGUCGCUACCACCUUCCUUAGGUGCGCGGAGAAGUGUGUCAUGCGCGUUUUUGUAUGAUGCUGUCUUUGACGACGGAGAGUCCGGAGCUGAAGUUCAUGAAGAGGGCGGGCAGUUUCCCCCUCAUGGGAGUAAGGGCAGUGCUUCUCCCUCUUAUACUGUGUGUUGUGAUGUACUAUCGGCGCUUUCACUUUUCCCAUUGAGGGUGUAG